CUACGACACCGGAAAGUUGGGGGAGGCGCUCCGGGCCGCGGAGGGCGGAGGGCGGUGGCAGCGCUGGCGCUGGGGACCGACUCGGUUGCUUCGGCAAACAUUUCGGCGCCGGUGGCCGUCCGCCUCAUUCCACAGCCCGCCCUCGACACGGCUCGCAGCCUCCUCGCCGCCGGCGGUCGGCAAUGUGGCCCACCGAGCGGGUGUAGCAGCUGCGCGUGCGCGGAACCGCGGGGCCAUGAGCGAAGCCGGCGGCCGGGGCUUUGGGUGCCGGGUCCCCCAGCGAGCGCCAUGGAGCUUCGUGGCCGCGACCGCUGCGCUCUGCCUGGUGUCGGCCACGUCGGUGUGCCGGGCGGUAGCCGCGCCCAUGAGCAGGGAGGAGAAGCAGAAGCUCGGGAAUCAGGUCCUGGAAAUGUUUGAUCAUGCUUACGGCAACUAUAUGGAACAUGCUUACCCAGCUGAUGAACUCAUGCCUUUAACCUGUAGAGGUCGUGUCAGGGGCCAAGAACCAAGCCGGGGUGAUGUAGAUGAUGCCUUGGGAAAAUUUUCCCUAACACUGAUUGAUUCUUUGGACACUCUUGUGGUAUUAAAUAAAACUAAAGAAUUUGAAGAUGCUGUGAGAAAAGUUUUAAGAGAUGUUAAUUUAGAUAAUGAUGUAGUCGUAUCAGUCUUUGAAACAAACAUCAGAGUUCUUGGGGGUCUUUUGGGUGGACACUCGCUGGCAAUCAUGCUGAAAGAAAAAGGUGAAUAUAUGCAGUGGUACAAUGAUGAACUGCUCCAAAUGGCAAAGCAGCUGGGUUACAGACUCCUACCAGCUUUCAACACCACCAGUGGCCUGCCCUAUCCAAGAAUUAAUUUAAAGUUUGGCAUCAGAAAACCAGAAGCCCGGACUGGAACUGAGACAGAUACCUGUACGGCCUGUGCAGGUACCUUGAUCCUUGAGUUUGCUGCUUUAAGUCGAUUCACAGGAGCAACAAUAUUUGAGGAAUAUGCAAGAAAAGCUCUUGAUUUUCUCUGGGAAAAAAGACAACGAAGUAGUAAUUUAGUGGGCGUGACUAUCAAUAUUCAUACUGGAGACUGGGUACGCAAAGAUAGUGGAGUUGGAGCAGGGAUUGAUUCAUAUUAUGAGUAUCUGCUGAAAGCCUAUGUCUUGCUUGGAGAUGACAGUUUUCUGGAAAGAUUUAAUACACACUAUGAUGCCAUAAUGAGGUACAUUAGCCAGCCCCCUCUCCUGCUUGAUGUGCAUAUCCACAAACCAAUGCUGAAUGCUCGGACUUGGAUGGAUGCUUUGCUCGCCUUCUUUCCAGGUUUGCAGGUUUUAAAGGGUGAUAUUAGGCCUGCUAUUGAAACUCAUGAAAUGUUGUAUCAGGUGAUUAAAAAACACAAUUUUCUACCAGAGGCAUUUACUACAGAUUUCAGGGUGCACUGGGCUCAACAUCCUUUAAGGCCAGAGUUUGCAGAAAGUACCUACUUCUUAUAUAAAGCUACAGGAGACCCUUACUACCUUGAAGUAGGGAAAACCCUCAUUGAAAAUUUAAAUAAGUAUGCUAGAGUGCCUUGUGGGUUUGCUGCCAUGAAAGAUGUUCGCACUGGGAGUCAUGAGGACAGAAUGGAUUCUUUCUUCUUGGCUGAAAUGUUUAAAUAUCUUUACCUAUUAUUUGCUGAUAAAGAAGACAUUAUUUUUGACAUAGAAGAUUACAUCUUUACCACAGAAGCACAUCUGUUACCUCUUUGGCUCUCGACUACAAAUCGAAGCAUCUCUAAGAAGAACACAACCUCAGGAUACACAGAACUGGAUGACAGUAAUUUUGACUGGACUUGUCCAAACACUCAGAUUCUUUUCCCUAAUGAUCCAUUGUAUGCUCAGAGCAUUCGUGAACCCUUAAAAAAUGUGGUGGAUAAGAGCUGUCCAAGAGGCAUCAUCAGAGUCAGAGAGGAGAGUUUCAGAAGUGGAGCUAAACCUCCUCUGAGAGCCAGAGAUUUUAUGGCCACUAACCCUGAGCAUUUAGAAAUCUUGAAGAAGAUGGGAGUGAGUUUGAUUCACCUCAAAGAUGGGCGAGUCCAGUUGGUCCAGCAUGCAAUCCAAGCUGCCAGUUCAAUCGAUGCUGAAGAUGGAUUGCGGUUCAUGCAAGAGAUGAUUGAAUUGUCAAGUCAACAACAGAAAGAACAGCAGCUACCUCCACGAGCUGUGCAAAUUGUUUCCCACCCAUUUUUUGGCAGGGUAGUCUUGACUGCUGGACCAGCUCAAUUUGGGCUGGAUCUAUCUAAACAUAAAGAGACAAGAGGAUUUGUUGCAAGCAGUAAACCAUAUAAUGGUUGUUCAGAGCUUACUAACCCUGAGGCAGUGAUGGGAAAAAUUGCUUUGAUUCAAAGAGGACAAUGCAUGUUUGCAGAAAAGGCACGCAACAUCCAGAAUGCUGGAGCCAUUGGUGGCAUUGUUAUUGAUGACAAUGAGGGGAGCAGUAGUGAUACUGCCCCGCUGUUCCAGAUGGCUGGAGAUGGGAAGGACACGGAUGACAUAAAGAUCCCCAUGCUGUUCCUGUUCAGUAAGGAAGGGAGCAUCAUUCUGGAUGCCAUCCGGGAGUAUGAGGAGGUGGAAGUGCUCCUUUCUGAUAAAGCCAAAGAUCGAGAUCCUGAAAUGGAAAAUGAAGAACAGCCAUCCUCUGAAAAUGAUUCUCAGAAUCAAAGCACUGAGCAGAUUGUAUCACUUUCUCAGACAGUUGAUUUAGUUGAUCGAGAGACUCCUGACGAAAGUUUUCUGAGCUCUCACUCAGAAUCUUUAUCGCCAGCAGAUACUGAGGAUGCUAGGAGCACUUCUUCUUCUGAACAGACCUCUAAUCCCACAGAAAGCCACGAGACUACAAGUCUUGAUGGUGAAUGUACAGAUUUAGAUAACCACCUUCAAGAACAAUCAGAAGCUGAGGAAGAUUCCAAUCCUAAUGCAAGCUGGGGUAAAAAAGUCCAGCCUAUAGACUCCAUAUUAGCAGACUGGAGUGAAGAUAUAGAAGCAUUUGAAAUGAUGGAGAAGGAUGAACUAUGACUCUCUGUAAAGACUCUGGUGGUAGAUGUUUAAAAAGAAAAGGUAAACUGCGGUUAUAGACACCCUAAUACCAAGCAGACACUCCAGGGGGAGGCUCUGGGUAUGGUGAUGCGUAACCAUGUUCUGACUAGGGUAGGUAAUUAUAGGAAUCUGGAGCAUGCUGUGUUAGAACUGACCUUACUAAAAUUGUCCCAUCCAAAUGAUUGCAUUGUACACCCUGCAAUGUAUCAGGACAGGGAAAAGUUACUGGUAUUCCUGGGAACCAUAUUUCUGCAGUCCCUAGAUAUGACAAGAAACAAAUCCAGCUAAUAUGAGGUGGGGAACAGGAGUUGGUGUAGCUUUCUGAUUGAAGGAAGCUCCACUCUGUGGGUUUGGGGAGGCCCUUUGGGGAAGACUUGAAUGCAUGUUGUGGCAUUAUGCUCCUGCUGCCUUCACAGGGACACUAGGAGACCUGAGUGCUUAUGAAGCAGAUGCAGUCACAGUAAUGAGUUUCUGCUCAUAGCUUUCACUUAUUUGGUGACAAAUGAGCAAGAUGACUUGAUCCCCCCCCCCCCCCAACAAUGUCCUUAGCAUUUAAACCAAAGGCAAAGCCAGUAAACUUGGUCAGUGAGUUUUCUAUCUAAAUACCUAGUAUUGUGGGACUAGGAAGAGGUCUUAUAUAUUGUGUAAAUUGGUUUCUUAAUACUUUGGAUUAACAGAGCAAUGGAGAAAUGAUGAUGUUGCAAUGUGAACUUCCCAUGGGCCUUCCAUAGGGGAAGCUGUGACUACUCUAAAAUGGAACCCAGCAUUAUAUCCUUGUGGGGUAGACUGUAAAUCUUUUCCAGUUCAUUUCUCUCAAGGUGGUUACUCUGGCCAUCAGCCUUACUCCAUCCCAUGUUAAGUAUACAGUUUGAGCCUGAAGGCCCACAUCACUAACACUCUUCAUUUUCCUCUUUAUGGAGCCAUGCUAAAACUGUGGUAGUGAUCUGUAAUCCCUAGGGUGACUACUGUUUUUCUCCUUUGAAACCGGUUUCUAAAUAUUACACCUAAGGAGUCUGUCACAUUUUCCUGUUGAAUCAUGGAUUUUAGUUUCAUUUUGUAUUGUUUUAACAAAUAUUCCUUCUGAUGUGGACUUGAAAAUUAGUCUGUGGUGACCGGUAUAAAACAUUUGCACACUACCAACAACAUAUAGCCAUAUAGGUUAGAAAAAAAAGAUGGUUUUCCUCUUUUCUUUUUCUUCCUUUUACUUUGUGACAGUCUGAUGCUGGCCACAUUGAAAUUUUAAGAAAUUGCUUAUUGAUAGCUCUGCAGUGAAAUCAUGCUUUAUUCAUUUUAUUUAUUUUAAGCUUAAUUAUUUCUAAAGGAAUAUUUGAGAGACUUCCUUUUUACCAUAUUACAUAAUAACCUUUUUCUACAACAUAGUUUGGAGGUACUGAAUAACUUAGACUAUGUAUGGAGCUGUUGGAGAUAGCAGUGCUGUAUUGUAGUUUUGUAUAUUCAUGUACAGUAUGUCUAGAUCCCAGGUAAACGUAUUCUUUUAUAAGAGGAUAAAUACCUACUUUCAAAUAUUCCAGCUAAACAAAACUGGGUCAAUGAGUGAGCUUAAGAGAAUUCACUCUGGGGAGGGUAAAGAAUAGUACCUGACCAAAAUGGAUAUUUUUAGUCUCUCUGCAUGUGAAAUUUGGUGCAAGAAGAUAGAACUAUACACAUACGUAGAGUGUACAGGAUAGACGUGCUUUGUUCAUCUUGACUGCAAAGCUGCCAAAAUAGCUGAAGCUUAAUUACUUGACUUGCCUUGAUUUGUAGGACUGGGGCUUGGAGAAAAGGAACAGAUGUUCCUCUGAGACUUUGAUUACAGAAGCCUUAUAUUCAUUAAUUUGAUUUUGUGUUGGUAGCCCAAAGCCAUUGUUAUCUAAAUGUAGCUCUUCUAAAGUUAUCAAAGCAGCAUCAUUUUUUUUCCCUAGAGGAGAAGGAUCCCAGGACUCUGCAGGAAAAGCUAAGGAUCCCAGGACUCUGCAGGAAAAGCUAGCUUAUGGCCGUGACCACUCGCCGUUCCUUUGGCCGCUAGGGGGAGCUAUCGCUUUUCAUUGAGUUUUAGAAGCAACUCAGUUUGUUUAAAAAAACGAAAUCCUUUAAGGAAAAAACACUUAACAAGUUGUACUUAUUAUCUAGAAGGACUGAUACUCAGUUUUUCCCCACUUAAGAAAUAAGGUGGUAUGUGUUCAACUUCAGAACAUUGCUAUAUGGGCAAUUUCCAUUUUUCUUAGCCUCACUGCCACAAAGUAGUCUUUGAGUUCAUUAGAAAAUCCCAACAGCAUAAUUAUGUUUAAAGAUGUUUUGUUUGUUAAAAACCUUUCAUAGAUUAUUUUAUUUACUUGCUGAAGAUUCAGGGAAUUCCAUGGGACCCUGAGUUUAGAAACAUCUGGUCUACCUCAGUUAAAUGUUAACUGCUUAGAAAUAGAGCUGAAAUGAUCACCACAGCCAUAAAUUGUUUGACUAAGAGAGAUUUAUAUAAUGUUUACAAACCUGGAAUCAAGUAAGGAUUUUACCUGAAAGUUAAAAGUUAGAUAUCAGAGCAAGUAUUUUAUUCAGGUAUUUUCAAGUUUUGAAACUUAUUUACCUACUAAAAAUAGGUAUAGGGCUCCCCCCAACCCCCACUUAAAAGUCCAUUGAAAUGAUAUGCCCUAAUUUGCAAUACUUCUCCCAUAAAAUUUAAAUGUGAAAGUAUUGUGAUUUACUAGAUAUGUUUGGGGUGGGUAUUUUGUUGGGUGGGUUUUCAUUUUUUCUUUUUGUAAUAAGCUUCAAAAAAAGUAAAAUUGUUUCAGAACAAAUUAUUUUGUGAUAUUUUACUUUUCCUUUUUCUUCAUAGUAUUAGAGACUUAAAAUGAAAAAUUAUGUACUCUGACUUUAAUUUCUCUAAUUUAAUUAUUCUCUCUGGAAUUCUUUUAGAUUAAAUGAUCCUCUUAUAAACCUUUUCUAUAGCAUUUGUUCUCACACCAAACCCCAUGCCAAAUUCAUCAUAAAGAAAGCGCAGCAUAAGUAAUUCAGAUAGUGCUUAUAAUUUUAGAGGGGGUGGGUAGCAUUUACUAAAUAGUCCAACUGGUCGUUUUAUGCACAAGGCUACAGUCAGAACAUAGAAAAAAAACAUUCUGUGAAUGAAACAUUGUAUGUUCAGAUUUUAUAAAAGACAUUUUUAAAAGCCCAAUUUACAGCCGUAUAUUUUCUUAUGAUGUAAUUUAUGAAAAAGAUGUCUGUACUAACAGGUGCUGUAACACUACUGUUGUUGGGUUUUAUUGUUUGGUGAUAAAUGUAUACAAUAUUUCUAAUGGAAACUAUGUACUGUGAUGUAAAAGUCUGGGCAAAAUGUAUAUAAUCCUUGUAUAUAAUUGUGUAUUUGAUUAUAAUUAACUGAUUGUAAAUUUAAUAAAACAUGUAAAUAUUC